AUGGGCGCGCACAUCCUGGAGUCCAACUCCAGCGCCAACCUGACGCCCGCGGUGUCCGAGGCUGGGAUCGUGCUGCCGGGGUACCUGGUGGUGAUCUUCUCGGUCCUCAUGGUGACCCUGGUUAUCGUGGUGGUGGCCGGGAACGCGCUGGUCAUCCUGGCUUUUAUCGUGGAUAAAACCUUGAGGAAUCAGAGCAACUACUUCUUUCUGAACCUCGCCAUCUCCGAUUUUCUUGUGGGUGCCUUCUGCAUCCCAGUCUACAUCCCCUACAACCUGACCGGCAGAUGGAUGCUGGGGAAAUGGCUCUGUAAGGUCUGGCUGGUCAUGGACUACCUGCUCUGCUCCGCCUCUGUCUUCAACAUCGUCCUCAUUAGUUAUGACCGCUUCCUGUCAGUCACCAGGGCAGUUAAAUACAGAGCUCAGAGGAAUAUCACUCGCCAGGCAGUGCUGAAGAUGGUGGCCGUCUGGGUUCUAGCUUUCCUCCUCUAUGGCCCAGCGAUCAUCUUCUGGGAGGCGAUCGUCGGCCAGAGCAUAGUCCCGGCCCACGAGUGCUACGCAGAGUUUUAUUUCACCUGGUACUUCCUGCUGAGCGCUUCCACCUUUGAGUUCUUCACGCCGUUCGUGUCGGUGGCUUUCUUCAACCUCAGCAUCUACCUUAACAUCCAUAGGAGGAACAAGAGUGGGAACGCUGGUGCUGAGGAGGAGGGCAAACCACAGAGGAGACAUAGGAACCACAGGGACGGUGGAGGGGGCUGGUCUGUGUUUUUCGUAAAGACUCGGAAGGUGACUUCCAGCGAGCCCGCCGCUAUCUCAGCGGUCAUAGAGGACGACGACAUCCUGUCCCCGUCCUCCAGCGGCUGCCCUGACACCAGUCAGAUUUUUGUGCAGAGGGAGAAAUUCUCUCCGCACAGAAAAAACUCCAGGCUGUUUCAGCCCACGGCUUCCUGCAUAGCGCCCGGCCGGAGGACUCCUGGAUCCCGCCUUUCCCGGGACAAAAAGAUUGCCAAAUCGUUGGCUAUUAUCGUCUGCAUUUUUGGAAUAUGUUGGGCUCCGUACACACUGCUUAUGAUCAUCCGGGCUGCCUGUGGCGGCGAAUGCGUGGCACACUACUGGUACGAGAUCACUUUCUGGCUCCUGUGGCUGAACUCGGCCAUUAACCCCUUCCUGUACCCUUUGUGCCACAGCAGCUUCCGUAGAGCUUUCUCAAAGAUACUCUGCCCAAAGAGACAGUCAGUGCAGCCUCAGAUUGAAAUUCAGUCCUGUUAGAUGAACUCAGCUGCCAUGUUUGUGAAUGCAGUAAAGUGUUGAUGGUCAUACACUGUAAAAAUCCAUACAAUGUUCUUCCAUGGAAAAAAGGUUUGAAUCUUAGAAGAAGUGGAUCACUUAUUAGGAUAGUUUGGGUAUUUGAAAGGAAGCUGCUGUGAGGUCUUUAUCAUGGACUGUUCUUCUUGUUAUAUCGGAGAAAGUGAAAGGAGAAGAAAUCCUACGAGCAAUGGAAGACUGUUAGCUUGUCUGACAGAAUUUUCAUAUUAAUGUUUGGUAGCAAUUUAA